UGAAUUUAUUGAAAAUAGAAAUAAAUUAAAUCAACAUGUCUUCUUGGAAGAAAGCUUCCAAAAGCAACCAGAAAGUUCAUAGGGAGAGACAUCAACCAGAAUCGCGGGAACAUUUAGGUUUAUUGGAAAAGAAGAAAGAUUAUCGCAAAAGAGCCCGCGAUGCUGAACGUAAAGCCAAAACCUUGCAAAUCUUGCAUAAACGGGCGAUUAACAGAAAUCCUGAUGAAUUCUAUCAUCAUAUGAUACGUUCUAAAUUGCACGAUGGAGAACAUCAUGAAGAUGAGGAAAAAGAUGAACAUACUAAGGAACAAUUGGCAUUGAUGGAGACACAAGAUCUAAAGUACGUUGGCAUGAAGCGUACUAUGGAAGCUAAGAAAAUAAAACGCUUGCAGUCACAGCUUCAUAUGAUAGACUUUGCUAAUACAGUGCCAAAUAAACACUUGUUUUUCGACGACAAAUAUAACGACGAUGCUUCAUCCGAUGAAGAGGGUGUGCUUAAGGGCAAAGUAUUAAAUGAUUUAGAUUUAGCUGAACGUUUAGAAACUCACCCCAGCAUGUUGGACAGAAAAACUAAUAGACCAAGACUAAAAGAUUUGGAAAAAUUUCAUAUUCCUGAAUUAAGGCCUGAAGAAAUCAAGAAGGCUAAUUUGUUAAAACAACAAGCUUACCAAGAACUCACUAAACGUAUUGAACGUGAAAAAGAGUUGUCGGUGGUUCAACAAAAAUUAGAAAUCAAGCGAGCUCUACAGCAGCCUCGCCUGUUGAAACCUAAAAGAAAGAAGCGUGCUACCAAAGAUGCACCUGCAGUAUAUGAAUUCAAAUAUGAACGUAAGAAGUGAAAGUAUUUAAUUUUAUAUACAACUUGUUAAGAAUAUAAACUUUGUGCUAAAAUUCGUUUAUUGCUGAUUGAAAUAAAUUUACAUUUGGAUAAGUAAAAA